AUGUUCCUGUUUCCUUCUGAUGCAUCCUCUUCACAAUGGCCAUCCGGAUUAGCCAAGGACAUAUCACCCAAAAUAUUUUCUACAGCUAAACACGACCACCAACACGAUGAACAACCCUCUCUAAAACAUGCUAUGAAUCAAAAGCUUCUAUCUCAUGCUGCUGUCAUUGACAUGUCAAAGGAAUCAAAAUUCCGUAGCUUUACUUGUAAUAUUUUAUUGUUUGGUCUUUGUACUGGAUAA